GAAAUUAGGGUUUGGGCCGUAUAAAUUUGCUCGUCUUGUAGGAGGCUGCUCGCUUCGGAGGCUGUAACCCUAGAGUGGAGUAUCGAUCUGUCUGAGGCGGAGCGCCUUCACUCCGAGAGAAGCGAAUCCUGUCGAUCGAACCAUGACAUUCAAGAGAAGGAACGGUGGGCGCAACAAGCAUGGUCGUGGCCAUGUUAAAUUCAUCCGCUGCUCUAACUGCGGGAAAUGCUGUCCCAAGGACAAAGCCAUCAAGAGGUUUCUGGUGAGAAACAUCGUGGAGCAAGCUGCUGUAAGGGAUGUCCAAGAAGCAUGUGCUUUUGAUACCUAUACCCUUCCCAAGCUGUAUGUGAAGAUGCAGUACUGCGUCUCAUGUGCCAUUCACUCCAAGGUGGUUCGUGUCCGCUCACGUACUGACAGGAGGAAUCGUGAGCCCCCACAGCGCUUCAGACGCCCAAGGGAUGACAUGCCUAGGCCAGGUCAAGCUCCACGCCCCGGUGGACCUCCUGUUGCUGCUCGUGCUUGAAUUUGAGUAUCUGCUAUUACCUGGCAUGAUUUUGAUUGAAAAAGAUAUCUAGUUUAUCAUCAUCAUUAGACUUGAAACCAUAUGAUCUGAUCUGAUUUGUUCUUGAUGUGCAAAAACAUGUCAUUGAAUUUCUGCAACAUGUUCUUGAUUCCACAACUGCAGUGCAGUGGUUUUUAAAAUCUCUAUUCAAAGUUUUGCAAA